UACCUAAUUAGUUAGUGACUUAUAAUUUUUUUGGCCAAAUUGCGAAUGCGGUGUCGUUUUAAUGUUUGAAGACAUGAGAGGUUUUAGGGUUUAUCUUUUUUACACUCACAAUCAAAAUACUGACGACUUCUUCGCCACCGUGGUUAACGCUGCCUGCACCGUCGGCGGAAAACAAAAAAGCUUCAACUCCAUUGGUUUCCUCUUCCUCGAUCUCUCGAUUAAUUCUCAGAGGAUUAUUCUCAAAGAGAGUAGCAGCUAUGGGCUGGAAAGCUGCUGAGAAACUCAUCAGACACUGGAAGAUACUUCGAGGAGACAAUGUAAUGAUAAUUCGUGGGAAAGAUAAGGGUGAGACUGGAACCAUAAAGCGUGUCAUUCGAUCCCAAAAUCGUGUCAUCGUUGAAGGGAAGAAUCUGAUCAAGAAACAUAUAAAGGGAGGCCCUGAUCACGAAGGUGGAAUUUUCACUGUAGAGGCUCCUCUUCACGCCUCAAAUGUCCAAGUUGUUGAUCCUGUCACUGGGAGGCCUUGUAAGGUUGGUGUAAAAUACCUAGAAGAUGGAACAAAAGUAAGAGUAGCCAGAGGCACUGGCACAUCUGGUUCCAUAAUUCCCCGACCAGAGAUUCUAAAGAUAAGGGCAACGCCGCGACCCACAACUGCUGGCCCUAAGGACACACCAAUGGAGUUUGUCUGGGAGCAGACAUAUGAUGCUAAAACUGGAAAGGGCAUGCCUGAUCUUUGAGUUGAAACCUCUCUACAGUUUCGUUUGGAAAAUGUUGCCUGCUCUCAAAAAGGAUUCUUCUUUUUCCCAUCCAUUAGAGUUUGAUUUCGGUCUAGAGCUGUGAGGUUUUGUUGGAGAACCUUUGAUCAUGACUGAAACGGAGUCGUUUUCCUUUUUUCUUUCAUUGAUCUUGUGAACUUUCAAGGUGCCAAAUAAAAUCCGUCUGGAAAACAGUUCAAUAUUUACAUGUUUAGUUAUUGUAUAUACACUAGCCAGAAGUCUAAACAUAAAACGAAAAC